UCAUUCAUUUUUAACAGCUCGGACUGAUCACACCUCUUUCGUUAAAUAAAAAAUAAUAUGAAAAUUUGAAAAAAAAUUUUAAAUUCAUAGCCAAGGACUCCAACGUAUUUCUUCGGCAGUAAAAAAUUCCAACUGUGGCAUUUGCGCUCCAGCUGCUGAUUCUAGAAGAGAUUCGCGAGUGUCCCGAAGCAACUAGAAAUCUUUCAAGAUGGUUCUGAUGCUCUGCUGCAGCUUCGAUCCCUUCUACGUCGGUCCCUGCCCGCCCGGCUGCCUGGCUCCUCUGGGUGGCGGUUGCUGCGGUCCUAGCUGCGGUCCCUGCUGCAGUCCUUGCUGCGGUUGUGGUCCUUGUGGUGGUUGCAGCUCGUGUCCCUGCGGCUGGUGAAGCGCUUAUGAAGGAUGGUGGUGGAGAUUAAGGUCUCUGAUCAUUGCAUUCCACCUGCUGAAGAAAUAUGUUGCUGUGCGGAAUCCUUUCCUUGGCUGGUCCUCUAAAAUCUGAGCUCCAUAACAACGUAUUUUUUUAAAAACUGCUGUUCAAAAAUAAAUGAAUUAAGCUAAAAUAA